CCUGAGUAAAAAUUUUUAACUCUCUAUUUAAAAGUCUUCGUGUAUUCGUGUGAAUCUAAUUUCGUUAUAAUGGAGAAAAAUAACGUUGUGUACUAUCGUAGUAAUUUCAUAUUUCUGCAGGAGGUGAUAUAAAUAACUGUGUUUAAUCUUUAACGUUAUUUCUUCUUGUGUCAUUAAAUGUUGAGUAAUGCUUCUGUAGGAAAUCAAAACUUUGGGAAAAACUGGUUUAGUGCGAUAUCAAUUUUAGCAUUUCCACUAUAUAUAAAUUAAUAAAACUGCAGUGCUCUCAUAUCUUGAGAAAGGGACAUAAAAGUGUAAAUCUUGCCGAAAUUAUAGCUGAUAUCUUGGCGCAAUCUAAAAUCGCCAAAUAUUAUUAGGGGCGGCUAUAACAAAAGAAUGCUCAUAUGCAAUUUAAUAUUGUGAAACAAGAUGGAAAUCUCAUCUUUCACAAAUGUAAGAUGAUAUCAAGUCCCUUCCCUAAAGUCCCAUCCUUCCCCAUCCUUUCCAUGAACCGAUGAAAAGUCAGUUGAAAGCUGUUGACUAUUCGAGGGUUUUGACCGAAUCGCCGAGUAUGCCGGACAAACCCGGCAAACCAUUUGUUCGCAAAUGGGAGGUAUUCCCAGGAAGGAACAAGUUUUAUUGCAAUGGCCGAAUCAUGAUGGCCCGACAGACUGGUGUGUUCUUCUUUACCGUUUGUCUUAUAGUAGGAACAUGCACACUCUUCUUUAUUUUUGACUGCCAGUAUCUUACCGAAGAGAUAAGCCCAGCCAUACCUGCUGUAGCUGCAGUUCUUUUCCUCUUUGUAAUGUCCACUUUGUUGCGCACCAGCUUUAGUGAUCCUGGUGUUAUACCCAGAGCUACUCAAGAUGAAGCAGCUGAUACAGAGAAACAAAUUGAAGUUCCAAAUGGAUCAAGCUCACCCACAUAUAGACCACCUCCCCGUACAAAGGAAAUAAUCAUCCAUGGUCAGCCUGUAAAACUUAAAUACUGCUUUACAUGUAAAAUUUUUCGCCCUCCCAGAGCCUCUCAUUGUAGUUUAUGUGACAACUGUGUGGAACGUUUUGAUCAUCACUGCCCUUGGGUAGGAAAUUGUGUAGGAAAGAGAAACUACCGCUACUUUUAUUUAUUUAUACUUUCUUUAGCUCUUCUCUGUGUCUUCAUAUUUGCCUGUGUCAUAACUCAUCUUGUUUUAUUGUCUAGGACCUCCACAUUCAUUGAUGCAGUACGAGAAUCACCAGCAAGUGUUGUAGAAGGAGUAGUGUGCUUUUUUUCUGUGUGGUCAGUUUUGGGUCUUGCUGGAUUUCAUACGUACCUCACGACAUCUAACCAAACAACUAAUGAAGAUAUUAAAGGCUCUUUUUCUGCAAAACGAGGUCAAGGUGUUCUCAACCCUUACAGCACUGGAUCUUUAACUGUGAACUGCUGUGCAGUUAUCUGUGGGCCCAAUUAUCCAAGCCUCAUUGAUAGGAGAGGGAUAUACACAGAAGAUGGUCAGCUUAGUCAGCGGUAUCAUUAUGGAACUGUUAAAGGAGCCCAAUCUAAAGGUGUUGUAUCAGCCGUGCCGAGUGCAGUGGUCACAACAGAGCAGAAGUCCGCCCAGAGUGUAGCUACGAAUGCUUAUGGACCAAAAAGCUCUAUACACUCGGCAAAUGGAAGCUAUCGGGGAGUACUGAGGGAAAGUUCCUAUCAGAAUGCUGGACCUCAUGGCAACAGUGGUAACAAAGUCCCUGUAGCAGUAGUAUCCCCACAAACACGGCAUGAAUCAGAGCUUUGUGCCAAAACGCCAGUUGCCAUCUCUACACCAAAAGAUGAUCAAGACCCACAUGAUGUUGGGAGCCAACUAUCUCUUCUUAAACAAAGUGCUGUUUGAGAUACUUCUUAAGAAUUUUGCAAGUGAAAUCGGAAAUUAGGAUUUCAGCAUGAUGAAAUCAUUUUAUUCUGUCAUGCUUUUUUUAACUUCCAUGUGGAAUAAAAAAGUUCUUUCUUAGAGAUUGCAGACCAUGAAGUAUGUCUAUUUAAACAUAAAAAUAUUUGCUUUGUAGCUAAAAUAGAAAAAAAUAAAUAAAUAAAUAAAUAAAGCUAUCAUAAUUCAGUGUGGUUAAUAACAAAAUUUUUCUUUAAAUUUAUGUUCGGUUGUAUUUGUUAUUCUGAAUUAUUAUAUUUUUAAAAGGCAUCUAUGUAGAGAUCAUGUUAGUGUUAUGAACAUAUUACAUUCCUGGUUUUUUUAUCAUUAAAAGAAUUCAUCUUCAGUAGUCGCUAUCAUCCAACCAUCAGCAUUAAUUAUAUCAUAAUACUUAAGUCAUUAUCAUAUAGUUCUGUUUCAGAAUAAUUUUGUAUUUUUCAUAGUUUAUAUAUUGAUGUUCUUAUUCUAAAAUAAUUAACUUGUUAUAAGGCAAAAAUAAUUUUUGACACAUUUUUUUUUCAUAAUGAGUUUGCUAUAUAAAAUAAAAUCUCAUAUCAAUUAGAUUUAAUCUUUAUUCAGUGAAUAUUGUCUUGGCUAUUAACCUUUAAGGUAUUUGCUCUUAAAUGAAUAUCUUUUAAUAUAGUGAUUAUAUCUUUUAUGAAUAUUAUCCAUUUUAAUAGUGGAUAUUAUUCUUAUUUAGUGUUUAUAUUGUUUUUGAUAGUAAUUUUAUAGUAACUUUCUGAGAGUGGAUAGUAAUUUUAAAAUAAAAAUCUAUGAAACCUGUGAUAAUUAUGAUUUUUUUUCUUUUCAAAAUGUACAGUUUUAAAAUUAUUUUUAUAUUUUAAGUUAUAUUUCAGUUUGUGUUUCUUUUGAUUAUUAUGAUUUUUAUCUUUUAAAGAGAAUUUGCAAAUUGUUUUUUUGUGAUCAUUAUAGCUGCAUUUCAGAAUUUCUUUUAUUUUUGGCCUUUUUAGUAGCUUGAACAUUUGUUUGAUAUACGAAGCAUUUACUAUUUUUAAAUUAUAUAUGUGCAUUUCUGAUUUUUUUCCCCUUAAAAAAGGUCAUUUUUGAUUGCAAAGUAGUGUUAAAUUUUGCAUUAGUCUGUGCCAUUUCUUUAUAAUGCAAUUUUGAAUGAAUUCUUUUUUUUUUUUUUUUUUUUUUUUUUUCUCCACCCUCCUCAUAUUAAUUUUGUAAGAUCUCUGCUUGAGAAUUAGUGUAUAAAGUGAUUCAGCUGAUAUUAUAUUCAGACUGUUCAUUUAUUUUGUACAUAGAAUUUUUAUAUAAAAUAAUGCUCACGUACAAAAUGAUUCUGCUUCUGCAGUUAAAUGUUAAAGUCAAGGAAGUGUGAAAUAUAUUUGAAUGUCCCUAGUGUAUUAUAUAUUUAAGAAAUAUUUUUCUUUUGAUAUUCUUUGGCUUCCGAUGUAAUUUUUUUAAUGUCAUUGAAAUGUAUUUGCUGUGUAUUUAUUAUUGUAUUUUAAAUUAAAAAUUAAUUAU